GGUCAUAGUCGAGUGAAACCGCUUCCCUACUGUUUGCAAUCCAGCCUUAGCGCCAGGAAGAGGGAGGUUUCUGCAAAGCAGGAGCAGGAUAAGAACUUCGUCAAAAUGCAGGGGGCUUCGACAACUGACCACCCUGCCUCCUCUCUGCAGUAUCAGUGUGGGUCUGUUGACUUCCUGUGUUCCCCGCGACUGGGGAAGAAGGCCACUCCCCCUAGACCAUGUCACGGCCGCCCUGUAGCCAAGCCCCGCCCCCAGCCCCAGACCACAACCAUUUCCAAGGCACCAGCAGCACAGAAACCCCAAGUUCCCCCUAAGCCCCCCCACCUGCUAGCCCUCGGACAAGACAAGAAGCCUAAAAGGAUUCCCCCGGCCCCCUCCAGACCACUGCCGGCACCCCCACCUCCGCCCAAACCCAAGCCGAGCCAGAGCCCCCCGGUUCUGGUCAUACAGAAAGAGGCCCAGAAAGUGGGGCUGCUCAUCGAAAGGUUUGAGAACUCCAGGGUUCCCAUCAUAGUUGUCCCUGUGAGGAACCAGCUUCACCUGUGUCUGAGCAUGGACGCCACUUCUGAGGCUACACCCCCCUCCGGCCCUGACCCCUCCACUCACGCCCCCUCGGAGCCAGCAGGAGCAAAAGACCCUGGGGAACGGUCACCUGCUGACAAACUGGCACUUGGCUCCUCAAAGCAGACUGAUGAGGUCACAGAGGUGACGGAACUCUCGCGCUUAGCCUCGUUACGCAUUGACAGCCCUGACGACGGUGCCCUUGACCACUGUACUAAGGGUAACAUCCACAACCACGCUGUCGGUAGCCAUGGCAAUGCGGAGCAGGAGGAUGGCUCUUCCUAUGAGCUCCAGGACAAUCAGGACUUGCAUUCCACUGAGCAGAAUGGGAAGAUUCCUAACCGGGACAGCGGCAUCGACAGCCCGUCAUGCACCGUCGAGGGGGAGGUGUUUCCCAACGAGGAUGCCAUUGAUGAGGAGGAUCGCUAUGACAGCGUCACAGAAACCGAGAGCGUGUCCUGCGUCACACUGGGCAACAAGCGUGACUCGACUCAGGACGAGGACAGUGACCUGGAUGAGGGGAGCAGUGGAGAGCCAGACGGAGGGGACAAGGCAGACACACUCACAGAGGCCAGCAAGUGCUCAGAAUCCCAGAAGCUGCUGAACAUCGCCAAAGAGCUUCUCCACACUGAGGAGGCCUACGUCAAGAGGCUCAACCUCCUGGACCAGGUAUUUUGCACUAAGCUCACUGAAGCUGGAAUCCCUCAGGACGUAAUAACUGGGAUCUUCUCCAACAUCUCCUCCAUAUACUGUUUCCAUGACAAGUUCUUGCUCCCCGAUCUCAAAACACGCAUCAUUGGAGAAUGGGACUCCAAACCUCGCAUUGGCGACAUCCUUCAGAAGCUGGCUCCGUUCAUGAAGAUGUAUGGAGAGUAUGUGAAGAACUUUGACCGUGCGAUGGACCUGGUAAACACCUGGACCCAGCGGUCGUCACAGUUCAAGAGUGUGGUCCAGAAUAUACAGAAGCAGGAGGUGUGUGGGAACCUCACCCUGCAGCACCACAUGUUGGAACCAGUCCAAAGGAUCCCACGCUACGAGCUCCUGCUCAAAGACUACCUGAAGAAGCUUCCAGAAGACGCCCUCGACAGGAAGGAUGCCGAGAAGGCCGUGGAGCUCAUCUCUACUGCAGCCAACCACUCCAACGCCGCCAUCAAGAAAAUGGAGAAGAUGCACAAACUGCUGGAGGUCUACGAGAGGCUUGGGGGAGAGGAGGACAUUGUGAACCCGGCCAACGAACUCAUAAAGGAGGGCCAUAUCAAGAAGAUGUCGGCCAAAAACGGGACAGCCCAGGACCGAUACCUUUACUUGUUCAACAACAUGCUUCUCUACUGUGUGCCCAAGCUGAGGCUCAUGGGACAGAAGUUCAGUGUGAGAGAGAGGAUAGACAUCGCUGGCAUGGAGGUGCAGGGGAUCGCAAAGCAGAACCUCCUUCACACCUUCGCCAUUAUUGGGAAACAGCGCUCUCUGGAGCUUCAGGCUAGGGCAGCGGAGGAGAAAGAAGACUGGAUCCAGGUGAUCCUGGCCACCAUCGAGAGGCACAAGCAAAACAGCGAGACGUUCAAUAAAGCUUUCAAUAGCUCCUUCUCCCGUGAGGAUGACCAUCCGCCUGAUUCACCGGGCCCCUGGAUUAACGCCUCCAUAGACUCAGACAGUGAGAGGCUGCAUGAGCGGAAGAGUUCCAAAAAGAAGGAGAAAGAGAAGACCACAUGUAAGGGCUGCAACGAGAGCUUCAACUUCACCAAGCGCAAACACCACUGCAAAUCCUGUGGAGCGGCCAUCUGUGCGAAGUGUUCAAAGACCUUAGAGAACAAGACCUGUCGAGUGUGUCCAGAGUGCUUUGAGGCCAGCCAGGGUCUGGAGGGGCCAGCAGCGCCCCCAGCUGAGCAGAAGAGGAAAGCUGCUGCUGAGAGGCAGGUCUCUCUGACGGGGGACAACUGUCUGCUGUGUAGCUACCUGCAGGUGCAGGAGAAGGGGAAGAGCUGGACCAAGACCUGGGUGGCUGUCUGCAAGACGGAGCCCAUGGUGCUCUACCUGCAGAGCAACGGGCAGGAUUCUUGUGGGGCACGUGCAGUUCCCCUGCCAGGGUUUGAGGUGAGCACUGCCCCACUGCCAGCAACAGAAAAAUCUGAAUUGAAACACACCUUCCGGCUGAGCCACUCCCAGCAGGCUCUGCUGUUUGGAGCCCAGGAUGCAGAGCUCCAGGCCAAGUGGGUGGAGGUUCUCUCCAGGGCUGCCCGCGGGGAAAUGCCCACAGACGCAUCUGUCAGCCUGACUGAGAACCGAAAGAGCCAAUAGGAUCAUCCCCACUGAGGCCCAGGGCCCUCCUCCUCCUACUUAUUGCCCUUCCCCUUUUCCUGUGUACAGAGCACAAGUUACUUGAAUUCACUUUACCAUGGCACUUUUUGUUUUUAUUUUUCUCUCAAAAGGGGCCACUCAUUCCCUACCAUGUCACUUCACUCAUACACUCCCACCCAUAUAUACGUCUUUCUUUCGGAUUCUCUCUCUCUCUCACACACACACACACACUCUAUCUCACUUUAUCUUUCUCUCUCUCUCCAUCUCUCUCUUUCAUACAUUCACUUAAAUACCUGUGCCGGCAACUUCACCUCUGUUGUAUGUGCGGUUCUGUUUGAACUUUCUCAGUGUUCUCCAUGGUCUGAGAAAAGCAAAGGACUCUUUGAUUGAACAUGAUUGUAUUAUUGCUGAAGGCGUUUUAUAAGAUGGCCCCUGUAUGAUUUUAUAAGAUGAAGUACCUUGUACAUUGUGACUGUGUUGUGAAGCAUUAACUCCUGUCUGUCUGUCUGUCUUUCUGGACUGGCUGUGUGUUGCUCCUGUGUUUUAUUCAGUAUUGAAUGUUAGAGUAAGAGCCCCGGGCCAGACUGCACCUCUCCAGCCUCCCUCCCUGGGGACAGAACCAGUGGGGAUUGUACAGUAUGUAAACUAUAGUGUGUCGUUAGCAAAGCAGAGCAAAAAAGCCUUUUUAACUUAAGAGAUGUGAACGCUUGUGGCUGGCCACCUGAUGCUCCUAUUAUCAACUCAUUUCAAACUCACCUCCACCACCCCCACCCCUGUCCCCCCACCCCUCUCCCCCCACACACAUGCAUCAAGUACCUCCUACCAGACCCCAGUCCUGUCAUCUUAAACCGCUCAUCUGACUGGACCAGGGGCCCAUGGUGGGAUCUCCACCGAGAUUUGAUGUCCACCAUCAGAGGAUACUGUUUCCUGAAAGACUCCUCACCUGCUUUGUCAUGUGAUAGAAACCAUAGCAAAGAUACAAGUACUGUAAGACAUUCCUGCUCCCCUACUCUGUACCCUGCUAUCCUUUUGCACCAGCUUCAACAAACCAAGGUGGAUGGAUCUCUAUGUGCAUGUAAACCCACUUAUAUUUAUGUAGCGUGCUCUGAAGCCCUGCCCACCCCACCUCCCUCCAGAGAGGCAUCUGUGUCGUCCUGGAAGUGAACAGGCUCAGUAUUGCGUGUGUUA